AUGUCUAAAUUCAUGUUUCAUAUCCAGUUUUCGGACCAGGGUCGUUUUUUGCACGAACACGAAGUUUAUGAAAUGAUGCGGUCUCGAAGUCUGUAUCAGAUUCAGUUUGAUUUAAAACAUAAACUGCACAAACGAAUAAGGUCUUUGGAACAAGCUGAGAAGAUGCAGAUUUCAUCUUUUCAAAAACAAAGAAAUGUUUUCUUAACAAAAAUGCUGGAAAAAGUGGCUCAGCGAAACAAACUUGCUGAGGAAAAGUCGUCCCCGCUGAUGAUUGGUGGAAUUAAAAGUCAGGCGAAGGAGAAACAUGUAUCUAUGGUAACGGAAGGAACAGUUUUAACGCCUAAACACACAAAGAGUGCGCCGUCUCGUGUAGUGUCAAAGGAAAUGCCAAGGAAUAAACCAGUUGCCAAGGAGACCUCGAAUACUCGUCUGGUUUCCAAGGAAACAACGUUAUCGUCUGUCAAAGAAGUACUUCAAGAGAGCGAUGAUGCCAAGCCGUUAAGCGCGAAAAUCGAAUUGUCUUACAAAGGAAGAUCACUGCAAGGGUGUAAGAGUGGAUAUCGAAGGUCAAGGACGACAUUUAGUGAUGACGUCACGUACAUUGAUACGUCAUCAUUUAUGUCUAGGGAACAGGUUGAAGACGUAAGCAAAGAAGAAAAUUCCUCACCCAAAGCAUCGUUGUUUAGGGAACACACUACUCCAAAAUUGGUAAGAAAGUCUUCCGAGGCAACAUUCCCGCAGAUAAAACCUGGACAGUCAGCUCGAGGUUAUUCAUUUUCCGAAGAAGAGGACACUAUUUCCGAAAUUUCGGAUAUUGCGUUCCAAAGAUUGGCUGGAAAGUAUAAUACAUCAAAAUCGCUUACUUCACUCUCCAUAUCAGUUCCUACUCCGGACAUCAAGUCAUUGUCAACUUAUGAGAUGGGAAUGACCACUCCGGAAGGUCAGUUAAUUCUGUCUAAAGACGAGUAUGAAGAUUAUUUAGACAAGUUUAGGGAAGCCAAGUCCAAGCGCCUUCAACUAGUACGGAGGCAAAGUGAAAACCUGAAUAAAAAAGUUAAACAUUUUCGUGCUUAUAAGAAAACCUGA